AUGAGAGCCAUUCCGAUGACCAGAAGAUAUGCGACUACGCCCGCCAACACCCCUGACAAUUUGAAGCGUCUCAGAAACUUGAUCGUAUCGAUACCACUGGCAGUCGGUCUAGGCUACGCUUUAUACAGAAGACUGAUUCUCGGCAUCGAGCAAAAGCAUUUCAGCGACAUGGAAGGGAAAACAAUUCAGGAUGCCACCUUGGGCAAUCAGAGGCGGCCAUCAUAG